UGUUAAUUGUUUUUCUCUUCAGAAAAUAAAAGAAUGCUAAUGGGAAUGCCAUUUCCCUGAAGUUCAGGUUUUCAGGCUGGCUGCCAUGAUGGAUGAGCAGCAAGCUUUGAAUUCAAUCAUGCAGGAUUUGGCUGUUCUUCAUAAGGCUAGUCGUCCUGCAUUGCCAGUGCAAGAAACAGGAAAACCAAAAUCAUCAUCACCAAAAAAACAGAAUGAUAUCAGAGUCAAAUUUGAAAACAGAGGUGAAAAAAGGAUUCUACAAUUUCCCAGGCCUCUCAAACUAGAAGAUCUUGCUUCUAAAGCUAAAGUGGCUUUUGGACAGCCUAUGGACUUGCAUUACAGCAAUAAUGAGUUGGUGAUUCCAUUAACCACACAGGAUGAUUUGGACAAAGCUGUUGAACUGCUAGAUCGUAGUGUUCACAUGAAGAGCCUCAAGAUAUUGCUUGUAAUACAUGGAAAUACACAGGCUCCUGCUCUGAGUAACAUGGAACCCCUGCCAUCACUAGAAGAUUUGGAUAAUACAGUGUUUGGAGUGGCAGAGAGGAAAAACAGGCUGUCUGUAAUAGGUUCUAAUACUCGUGAUAGAAGUUCACCUCCCCCAGGAUACAUUCCAGAUGAGCUGCACCAGGUGGUACGAAAUGGAUCAUUCACUAGUAUCAAUAGUGAAGGCGAGUUCAUUCCAGAAAGCAUGGAUCAAAUGCUGGAUCCAUUGUCCUUGAGCAGUCCUGAAAACUCUGGCUCAGGAAGCUGUCCCUCACUUGACAGUCCUUUAGAUGGAGACAGCUACCCCAAAUCUCGGAUGCCAAGAGCACAGAGCUAUCCUGAUAACCACCAGGAGUUUUCAGACUAUGAUAUCCCAAUAUUUGAGAAAUUUGGAAAAGGUGGGACUUAUCCCCGAAGGUAUCAUAUUUCAUAUCAUCACCAAGAUUACAAUGAUGGUCGUAAAACCUUUCCUAGGGCCAGAAGGACCCAGGGAAACAGCUUCCGAUCUCCAGUCAGUUUCAGUCCCACUGAUCACUCACUGAGUACAAGCAGUGGGAGCAGCACCUUUACUCCAGAGUAUGAAGAUAACCGAAUGAGAAGAAGGGGAAGUGACAUAGAAAACCCUACCCUGUCAGUAAUGGACAUCAGCCCUCCUAGCCGCUCACCACGAGCUCCGACUAACUGGAGACUUGGCAAGCUGCUGGGUCAGGGUGCUUUUGGCAGAGUAUAUCUAUGUUAUGAUGCUGAUACCGGAAGAGAAUUGGCUGUUAAACAAGUUCAAUUUGACCCUGACAGUCCAGAGACCAGCAAGGAGGUAAAUGCACUUGAGUGUGAGAUUCAGCUGUUGAAAAAUCUGCUGCAUGAAAGAAUUGUUCAGUAUUAUGGCUGCUUGAAGGAUCCCCCAGAAAGGACUCUCUCUAUAUUCAUGGAAUACAUGCCUGGGGGUUCCAUUAAGGACCAGUUAAAAGCAUAUGGAGCACUCACAGAGAAUGUGACACGAAAAUACACACGGCAGAUUUUGGAGGGAGUUUACUAUUUGCACAGUAAUAUGAUUGUACAUAGAGAUAUUAAAGGAGCAAAUAUUCUACGGGAUUCAGCAGGCAAUGUGAAGCUAGGUGAUUUCGGUGCCAGCAAGCGACUUCAGACUAUCUGCCUCUCUGGCACAGGAAUGAAGUCUGUCACAGGGACUCCAUACUGGAUGAGUCCUGAAGUUAUCAGUGGAGAAGGGUAUGGGAGAAAAGCAGAUAUCUGGAGCGUAGGCUGCACAGUGGUAGAAAUGCUUACUGAGAAACCCCCUUGGGCAGAGUAUGAAGCAAUGGCUGCCAUCUUUAAAAUUGCCACCCAGCCAACCAAUCCACAGCUGCCACCUCAUGUCUCGGACCAUAGUCGGGAUUUCCUCAAGCGAAUUUUUAUCGAGGCCAAGUUGCGACCAUCUGCAGAUGAACUGCUAAGACACACAUUUGCACAUUAUCACUAACAGCCUGCCUCAACUCAGCUUGCAUCUACUGCAUUUAUUUUCUAUUUGACUGCACUUUUAUUUUUAUUUUUUACAGAAAAAGAAAAAAGACAAGAGAGAAAACAUAUUUCUCUUGAUUCUUUGUUUCACUUAGAUUGUAAACAAGAAUCUAAAUUUUUGUAUUUAGAAUUAGGGUCUCUUUUUCCCCUACCAGGACCUAGAACCUUUUGUUUCGGUAAUGUACUGAUGUGGUUCACAAAGAUAAAGCACUUUAGUACAUAUUCAUUCCUUAACUAAGGGGGAAACAGUCAUAUGACUUGGACUGCCAAGCACUGUGUAACGUUUGCUAACAUCACCAACUGUCUCAGGAUGCAGGGAAAAAUACAUAAGCAGCUAGCAUGCAGGGAGAGGAAAAUCAUUACCUGUGAUUUGUUCUUUGGACCGUAGGUAGUUGCUGCUGAGGGUUUUAAGAUGUGUUAGCUUGUUACUCAGUUUCUGAAUAUAUACCACAUUUGAAGCAUGAACCCACAGUUCUGAACAUUAGACAACUGAAAGAACUUAGAACCCUCAGUAGAGAGCAUUCUGCACAAUAGAGAAUCUCCACCAUGCUUCCUUUGUGACCAAAAGAAAAUAAGGCAGGAACAUAACCCUUAAUCAGUAGUUAGUGGGAAUUAGUAUAGGAUUAUUAUGUUACCUUCAUAGAACAAGAAUUACUGGUAAAUUAAUUAUCAUGGAUCCAAACUCCUAGAGACUGCAAAGCUCUGGGGGGAGUCUCCAUAAUGGAAGAAAUUAAAAAAAAAAUACCCAAAAGAUCAACUGUUGAAUAGAAAUAAGUCUGGAGAAUCCUUACCCCCUGCAGCUGUCAGAUACACCUACCAUAUAAUCUGUGGGAGGUCUCUUCCCUUAGAUUAUGGUAAAACAGUUUUUGCUUAACUGUUCAUUGGAUAAUAAAAGACUAAACCUGACCUACUGUAAAUAUUAUCUAUCAGUAGGAACUACAAGGAAUAAGCAAUUCAGGAUAACUGCCAGAGACUGAGAAGGAAUGUAUUUCUAAGGUCAUGCACAUGACUAUAAUAAUCGUUCUCAGAUUGUUUAACACAAUUGUUUUAGUAAUACAAUCCAGUUGUUAGAAUGCUUGAAAAAAACCCUGAAAUAAAAUUAAUUCUAAUUCCGUGUCUAAUUCCAUUAGUGUUAAAUGACAACACUUAAGAGAAAGACCUCUUUAGUCUUGUUUUUCAAGCACAGUGAUGAUAAAAUAAAAUGCCUCUUUCCCAAGAAAAUCCUUAAAACCAUCAACCUAGAAACAUCAGGGACAGGUCACACAGGAAAAGUGGAACAUUUUAAUGCUUCAUGUGUGACACAGCAAUAUUACAUGAGCACUGAAUUUUGAAAAUGAAGUCUAAACAAAGAGCAGCAGCGUAAUGUCACGCUGAGUUUUUCAUUAAAAAUUACCAAAGAUGUAAAAGGAACAAAGUAACUAAAUACUACGAGUCUACACUUUCACAAUCCAGAGUGAUCAACCCACAAAUGUCAGUAGUCAGUCAUAAAAUGUUUGUUCAGCUUUUCCUACAACAGGGCAAAUCCAUUGGAAAAUACUGGUGAGAUGCAUUUAAUAACUGACUUGAUGUUCGAGAGAGUAGGCAAACUCUCCCGUCUUUAUAAAAGAAUACAAUAAAUAGAAUUUGAGAGAGUUUGGAAAUAUGUUUUGACCUAUAUAACUGAAGUUUGAUACAUAGUAGUGUGGUUGAUUCACUGGAUGCCUCUUUUCCUUCUAGUUAUGGAAAGACAAUGUGUUGAUGCUUUGGCAAGGCUUUGUAUAAUGGUCCCAAGUCCACUCUGUUUUAUUUCCUUGUUUAAUUCUAUCUCCAAUGCUUGAGGAGCAUGACAAUUAAAAAUGAAUGUAUUGGGGCUACAAUGAGAAAUUACAAUGUUGGUUCAUUUGACAGGGACUUUUGAGGUUUCUGAAUUUAUUAUUUUUCUAAUUUAGUUGCCAAGUUCUGUAUCAACAGCAUAACUAGGAGUAUGGAUCUAUCCUAAUCCAUUUACCUGUAGUAGCUAAACAGUUAUUCUUCUACUGGGGCCACGAUCAUCGUAUUUUGGGCAGGUGGCCUAUUCCAGUUUUCUUUGAUUAUUGUCUCUCUUAUCUGGUUGAUUAUUUUGUUGGCCGUGGUAAGCAGAAGUGUAAGGGUACAUGUGCAUGAGAAGGAGAGUUCAAUUGGGGAAAACUCACAGGCCAAAAUUUAAGUAAACUUGUGUUCACUUUCUUUGGCUUCUUUGUCACUUGAAGCUAUGGAAGCAACCUUUGGAAAGAAUCUGCAUGAACCUUUGUGCUGUAAAGGACCUUUGCUUCAUAAGCAAAACUUAUCAUUGGAGAUAGUAGCAGAAUCAUGUAAAGUAAGAUAGAACCUCAGAGUUAUAAACACCAGAUUUACAAACUCAUUGGUCAACCACACAUCUCAUCUGUAACCAAUCACAUCUCAUUUUACGCAAUCGGGCAUCAGAGAUGGAGGGAGGGGAAAGCAAAUACUGUACGGCGCAGUACUGUCAAAUGUUAAUUACUAAAAAAAAAAGUAAAUGGAACUUUUUUUAAAAAACCAUUUGACAAUGUAAGGAAACUGCUUGUUUCGUUUAAGAUGGUUAAAGCAGCAUUUUUCUUUUGCAUAGUAGUUUCAAAGCUGUAUUAAGUCAAUGUUCAGUUGUAAACUUUUGAAAUAACUACCAGAACAUUUUGUUCAGAGGUACGAACAUCAAUUCCUGAAAUGUUUGUAACUCUAAGGUUCUACUGUAGACAAAUAGUUUACAUAAUGUACAAACCAUAAUAUCUGAAAUUUGAUUUCAAAAGAAUUAAAAAGGUACCAAAAACUAAGCAGAAAAUGUUCAAAAACAGUAAGUGGUGGACAGUGGUAUCUGAAAAUUUAAAAAAGUUAAUAUUACCAAAAAUAAAGAAAAUGAACUCUUAAAGGAAAAUUUAAUCAGGUUUAACUGCAAUACUCAGAAAUUUUAACAAUAUUCUUGGAUUGAUAAAAGAAACUCUGGCACUUAAGCAUUUUCAGAAUCUAGUUUUCUAAAAAUAUACCGUUUGCAAGGCAAAGUUGGCUUCUUUAUACUGCAGUGUCAUUUCCUAACUGUCUGAAAACAAAAUAAGACUGCUGCUUUUGUGCCUUUUAAAAAGUUUGCUUUCUGUCUUGACAAUGGUAAACUUAUUUGAGAUUGGGAAAAGAGGGAACUUGCAGAAUAAUACAAUAUUUUGAAAACAUUUAGACAUAGCUUUCCCCUUUAAAAUACAGUUGCAUCUAGAUUGUAAAUUAUUGGACAUAUCCCCAAGUCACUGAGGUAAUAUAGUACCUCUUUAAUUAUGACUAAUUUCACCAGCUGCUUUGUUUGUGAUUCAUUUGAAUCAUAAAUAAGGAGGGUUGAACUAUUAUUUUUAACCUUGGGAGAACUUCCCAAUUGACCAAAGUACUUACAUACAACCCUUUAAACAAUUACUGUAUAGAAUAAAAAUACAGAUUUUGAGUUAAUAAUAUUAAUUAUUGAAGCUGGUCACAUUCUGCCUUUAGAGAAACAGGCUGUGCAUUCAUCCCCUUGCAUGCUGCUUUUUUUGGAAAUCUGGUAUGGUCAUGUUGAGGUAAAAUGAGUUUUGCAUUAUCUGCUUUUAAUGAUGAUACAGUAGAUCCUAUAAAGCAUCUGGCACGUUACUGGCACUGUAAUAAAAUCUAUGUCUAUAAUUCCAAAGGUGCAUGGAGCUGCAUGAUUAAAAUCCCAUUGAAGAUGGUCAUGAAGCACAACUUCUCUGCACCACUUUGAAUAACCUACCAACUGACAUUAGAGUACUUUAGAAUAAGUAAUUUAUGAAUGCUACGUCCAAUAAUGAAAAAAUGUUAGUGGAACAGAAUAUUGUCACGGGACUGUGGUCUCCUGUGUGAAUACCAAAGCAGAACUAGACUUACAGAAAAUGCGUGUCAAAUUUAAUUGAGAAAGUAGAAUUUUUUUUUAUUACACUGACAUUAUUUCUGUUGUUCCUGUUUAGUAAUAAAUAUUUAACCACUUGUUGCUAAAUUGGUUUUAAUAGGGAGUUAAUCUCUGCAUAAUUUUGACAUGCUGCAUUCUUAUUAGCUUACAUUGGUUUGUAGUUCAGACAAACAAGUUUACUAAUUAAACCACAUAUUUCUGUGUAUUUUUUAUAGAGCUGGUUUCUGUCUGGUAGAAAUAGAGAAAAAUAUGAAUAACAGCUGACUGGCACAUACUCCAUUCAGCAUAAAAACAAACAGUGAGUUUUGGUUCCAGUUCAGCCCUGUCUGAGAGGAAAUUGGCCCUUGAUCAUUUUAAGAAGAAGAAUUGACUGGAAUUGCAGCACAUAUAUAGUAGCAGUACGGUUAAAUCUAAACCAUAAACUUUUCCUUUUUGCAUUCAUAAUUCCUUCCAUUUUGUUUUGGGAAAAAAAAUUUAUAAUAGUUCAGGGUACAUUUCUAAUUGAGUUAAACUGUCCUUUUGUUGUCCUGUCUCUUUGGUAGUGCCUUUUUAUCUCUAUGCCUUAAUUUUGUUUAGGUAGAGACACCAUAUUUAAAUCAUAUGGCUGUCUAAUCGUUUAGUGCCACCAAAAUAGUCUUUACAAAUAUAUACGAGGCUUCAAAACAGAACUCACUAAUUGCAUCAACAGUUUUACUUUAACUGUAGCAGGCUUUUAGGCUGAGAAUUUACUACAGUGUUAAAAUGAUAAAAAUACUUAGCAUCUACAGUGCUCUCUCUGUUCAGAGUACUGUACAAACAUUCCAGCAAAGAGGUUAAUGUUAUCCCCAUUUUACAGAUUGGAAAACUGAGACAGGAUAGCUAUCUUGCCCAAGAACUUAUAAUAAAAAGGAAGUUGUUUUGCUUAAAAAGGUACAGCAGUAUUUUCUAUCUUAACAAAUGAGAAAAUAGUUCAACUGAGCUAUCUUUGUUUGAACUGAUAUUGUUUUCUGCUUUUAAAUAAUCCUAAUCCUGCCAUUGUCUUGAAUGAAAGCUUUCCUGGGAGAAGCAGAAGGUACACAGUGCAGUGUAGUAAGCCAUUCCUUCAGGCAACAUUGAGCAAUGUCAAACUACAGCUUCAGAGACUUAAACAAAUUGGUCAGAUCUACAGUUGUGUAGAACUAAGUUUGUUAGCUUUUUAAUCUUCUAGUUCUUUAAACUAUUAUCAUGAAUAUAAAAAAGUAUAUAUUAUGUGGUUGAAUGCAAAUCCAUAUGGUGUUUUUUGGAUUAGCAAAGGUGUUACUGCCAAUACCAUUUCUUACCCCCUGGGAACUUCCUAUCUUGUAUUCAUGACAAGUAUGCAGUGUCAAAUCAUGUAAAAAAAAAAAAAAAAAAAAA